GAGACGAGCGGCAGCGUUGCGCUUGUCAGUGAGUGAUGGCGGAGCUGGCUGCCUCGCUGUCCUUCUGGAAAAUUCUGCGGCCAACGAGCUCCCUCUGUGUCUCCCACUCGGCCUCUUUCCCUUUUCACCACUGCGGGGACUUUAUCUAAUUUGCAGUUUUCCUCUUCCCCCCCAUGACACACAUGCGGGAACUACAAGCCGGCGGCUGGCAGACCCUGUCUGUCUGGAGAUAGGCAGGCGAGCUGGCGGAUUGGGAAGGCUCUGGGAGCAUGGUUCUGCCGCAGUUGUUUCAGGAUCUGCCUUUGUGGUGCUGCAGCGCAGGAGCCGAUUCUUCAGCCCGUCCUUUCUAAUGUGACACACGCCUUGGAUUUGACUAGUUUUCGGACAAAAGGAGCGUCUUGCUUUCUGGAGAACAGAAGAUAGGAACCUCCCACCUUUACCACCUGCAGAUUAAAGAGGACAAACCCGUAAAGGAGACGAGGGAUGGCCGAUGACCGGAAGGAUGAAGCGAAGGCCCCACACUGGACCUCAAGUCAGAUCGCGGAAGCUUCUUCCCACUCGCAUUCCUCUGAGAUUAAGGAUCCGAGCGGCGCAGGUGACGGACUGGUCAGAAGCGCCAAUGGGUUUCCUUACAGGGAGGAGGAAGAAGGUGGCUAUGGAGCACGUGGACAGCAGAGCUCGUAUUCCAGAACCAAAGAGAACGGGAUCAAUGGAGAGCUAGCGACGGGAGAGAAGGAAACAGCAGAAGAAGUAUCCGCAAGGAUAGUCCAAGUAGUGACAGCUGAGGCUGUGGCGGUCCUGAAAGGGGAACAGGAACAAGAAGCCCAGCACAAAGAUCUGCCCGCACCGUUGCCUUUAGCAGUUGAAGAGACGGCCAACCUCCCUCCUUCCCCGCCCCCGUCGCCCGCCUCGGAGAAGACUGGAGCGCUAGAAGAAGCCUCGAAGAUGGGAAUCCACGACCGAGAAGGCGCCGCCCUUUUUGCAGCUGAGCCAUUAGACACAAAGGAGUCAGAGAAAGGAAGUAAGACUAGCGAGCCGCCUAUACAUGAUGCCUUAGUUUCCCAGCCAGCAAAAACAGAGACUAUAGAGAAAACAGAGGAAGAGGAGGAAACACUUCCAGCUCUGUUGGGACACACUUUCGAUGGAAGUCCGCUACAGAAAGAGGACAGGAGUUUUGUAAAACCAGAUGUCGAUUUAACUGGAGAGUUUCAUCUACAUCAAGAACAAGAUUCGUCAGCAGAAAGUAAAAGAGGGGAAAGGGCCACAGAGGCCAAGAAAGCUGUCGCUGAAACAACGUUUUUCAAGUCUACAGAUGAUCUUGUACAUGUGAAAACCAGUGACUGUACCUCUGCUGAAAGAAUAGGUUCCUUCUCACCUUCAGAUUCUGCAAUGGACAUUAUAGGCACAGUUAAAAGUGUCUUUUCUUCUGAAAGUUCACCAGCUGGUCUACAUAUAUCUCCGCCAGGUGAUAUUAGAAAAGUAAUGCCAAUGUCCACAGUUACGGUGAUUGCCAAAGAACUCCCGAGAGAUAGAAAAACAGACAAAGAGCAGACAAAAAAACUGGAAGAAGAAUUUGCGGCGAUCGCUAGUCGUGCCUCAAAACCAGUUCCAGAGCAAACAUUGACCAAGAAUGUUCCUCUAUGGGAAGAAGAGAAAGAUAUGACAGAGGAUGAAAGCGAUGAAGAAAGGUACUCUGCCCCACACAGAGAGAAAUUCAAAGCAUUAGAUGAUCAGAUGUAUGCAACACGUGACCAACUCACAACAGCUUUGGAUGAAGAAAUCAAAAAACCAUCUGAUGUUCACAAAGGAGAAGGGGGGCUAGAGACUAUUGCAGAUUCAGCAAUGCUUGAUAUUAAAAAAGUCGAAAAACAUGAGACUGCCAGAGACAGGUUCAACCAAGGAUUAUUUUCUGAGCCUUCAGAUAAAGUCCUAUCAUCCACAGCAGCAGAGAAAAUGCCUGUUGAACCAUGUGAAGAACCUCUGCAAGGAAAAGAUGCUGGAAAGGAUGGAAGGGGGGAGCCAUUUUCUGUUGCAGAUUCAGCAACUCACAGAAUGCAGACAGAAGAAGAUAAAUCAGGAAUGUCUAAGUAUUUUGAGACGUCAGCCCUUAAAGAUGAAGCUGUUAAGAGCGACGUCCUGGAGCAAGGCACUGAUUACUAUGAACUGAGUGAUACUAAAGAACAGGGCUAUGAUCCUUAUCAUAAAGACUUCUUAGUAUCUAAAAAAGACCCUGAAGAAUUUCAGCUAGAGUCAGUACAGCACCCGAGUGGGUCUGCUCAUGAAGCAGGGUAUAGUACUCUUGCUCAGGGGUUCCCAGAAGAGAAAGCUGAGGAACCUAGCUCUCCUACAGAACGGCUGUACACAAUUGACCCAAACGUGUAUGGGGAUAAGAGAGAACUCCAUAGUAAAAAUAAAGAUGACUUGACCCUUAGCAGGAGCUUGGGACUUGGUGGUAGAUCUGCCAUAGAGCAGAGGAGCAUGUCUAUUAACUUGCCAAUGUCUUGUUUGGACUCUAUAGCCCUAGGAUUUAACUUUGGACGCACGCAUGACCUGUCACCACUAGGUUCAGAUAUCCUAGAUAAUGGCAGUGGGGAUGAGGGUGAUGACUAUUUGCCAGCCACUACCCCAGCGGUAGAAAAAAUCCCCUCCUUCCCAGCAGAGAGCAGGGAAGAAGAUGAGACAGUUGAGAAACCAAAAAUAUCAGGAGGAGAUAUUCAGGUUGAACCCUUGUGCGAGUCGUCCUUUUUGGCUAAAGAUUAUUACAAAAACGGGUCUGUAAUGGCUCCCGACUUGCCUGAAAUGUUAGACUUAGCUGGCACAAGGUCCAGAUUAGCAUCUGUGGGUGCAGAUGCUGAGGUAGCGCAAAGGAAAUCCAUGUCUUCAGAGGCCGUUGUAGAGGACAGCGGGGCAACCCAGCACCUCAUAGCUGAUGAAAACCACAUGACUCUAAAAGCUGACAACCAAUUAGAAGACCUGGGUUACUGUGUUUUCAAUAAGUACACAGUGCCAAUGCCAUCUCCAGUCCAAGACAGUGAGAACUUAGGAGGAGAAGCCUGCCCCUUUGAUGAGAAAAUGAGAAGAGGUAUGGUUGCUGACUUGUCGUUGAUAGAAGUCAAGCUGGCAGCGGCCGAGAGAGCGAAAGAACAACAAGAUGCCUCUGGUGACUUAGCUAUUUUGGGCAAGGAGUUUGAGCAGGAGAGAAAAGCAAUAGAUAAGCUCGAUACCGUGUUAGAAAAAAGUGAGGAACACGUUGAUUCUAAAGAAGCUUGUUCUUCUGAGGACACUGAGCAUGAAACAACAAAGCUUACGUUGACUUCAGAAAGUGCAGAUGAAAGUUUAGUUGGAGUGGAAGAGAAAGUAGUGGGGGAUGAAAAGGACAUUCAUGUUGCUGCAGAGAUAGGCAAGACAGAAAUCUCCUACAAACCAAACUAUGAUGCUAUAAAGCACAACAUGGAUUCCGCUGCACGAAAAGUUGAGCAGGAAUACCAAAGUAAGUUAGGAGUUAAUGUCAGUGAGUUUGUUUCACAGCAGGACACAGAGCUUCAACAACAGACCCCCAUCCCAUUGCCCCAAGAACCCACAAGCUGUGCAAAAGCGGAGCCUACAAAAGAUGCCAUCAAGCUAACAGAGAGUGAAGUUAAGGAAAAAGGACCCAAACCUGACCUAGUGCAUCAGGAAGCAGUAGAUAAAGAAGAGUCAUAUGAAUCAAGUGGAGAUAAUGAUCAACCCCAAGAGACUUUGCCUAGAGAAACUUCGAAACCAUUUGAUGGCAAAACAGAAGCAGAAAAACUAUCUCCAUCAGAAGAGGAAAUUGCAUCACAGCUGGUAGCAGAACAGCCACCCUCAGAAACAGAUGUCUCUAAAACAACACAAGAAGAAACACCUGAGAUUCAAAUGGAGAGUAUACCACAGCCUAAAGAAAAUAACAUAGAAGCUCCAGAAGCAGCUGGCUCUGUGAAAAUUGAAGAGUCUCUACCAUGUGAUUUAACAUCUAGGAAAGUCAUAGGAGAUGAAGAAGCAGAGCAAAAGCAAGAGAGGGCAGAAGAUGUAAAACAAGUAGAAGAGAGUAAGGAAGAAGUAGAACAAGUGGAAGACAUUGUGGAACAAGUACAACGAGAGGAAGCAAGCAAGCGAGAAGAAGAGGAGGAAGAAAGUCAGCAAAAAGAACAAGCAGUACAGGACAAACAAGAAGAACCAGAAGAGGAAAAGCUGGAAGCAGAAAAAGAAGAAGAGAGGAAGCAGGAAGUAGAAGUGGAGGAGGAGGAGGAGCAAGUAGAACAACAAGAGGCAGAGAGCAAGCAAGAAGAAGAAGAGAUUAAGCCAACAAUCAAAGAAAGAGGUUUGGAGGAACUGGAUGCAGAGGAGAAAGUUGGCGCUGGGCUGAAAGGAGUGAUAGAGUCUGUUGUUACAAUCGAGGAUGACUUCAUAACAAUUGUGCAGACAACAGUAGACGAGGGAGAAACUGGCUCCCAUAGCGUGCGCUUUGCUGAAUCGCAACAGUCCGAAAUGGGAGAAGAAGGGUUCCAGCUUGAAGAGGAGGCAGACGUAGAGAUAGUGGCAGAUGUUCAAAGCGAGACAAAGGAGAGCUCUCUGGAAGCGCCUGGUUCACCUGAGAGAGAAGAAAUCCCAUUGACGGAUUACAAAACAGAGACAUACGAUGAUUAUAAAGAUGAAACCACCAUUGAUGACUCCAUCCUGGACACAGACAGCAUAUGGGUGGAUACUCAAGAUGAUGAUAGGAGCAUCAUGACAGAACAGUUAGAGGCUGUUCCUAAAGAGGAGAAGGCAGAGACAGAGACAGAAUUGCGGAGACCGUCUCUUGAUAAGCAUAAAAAAGAGAAACCCUUAAAAACGGGGAAAGGCAGGAUUUCAACUCCAGAAAGGAAACUAGCUAAAAAGGAACCUAGCACAAUCUCCAGAGAUGAAGUGAGAAGGAAAAAAGCCGUGUAUAAGAAAGCUGAACUUGCUAAAAAAGCUGACGUUCAGGCUCACUCUCCCUCCAGGAAAAUCAUUUUAAAACCUGCUAUCAAACAUACUAGACCAACUCAUCACUCCUGUGUUAAGCGGAAGCAGACAGCUGCUGGAGGCGAAACGAAUCAAACUCCUGGGGUGUUCAAGCAAGCAAAAGAAAAACUUUCCGAUGGAAUAACCAAGAGUCCAGAAAAGCGUUCCUCUCUACCGAGGCCUUCUUCAAUUCUACCUACCCGGAGAGGCGUCUCGGGAGAUAGAGAACGAGAUGAGAAUUCUUUCACCCUGAACAGCACAGUCUCCUCGACAGCACGAAGGACCACAAGAUCAGAGCCUAUUCGCAGCCGAACAGGGAAAAGCGGCACGUCAACCCCGACGACUCCAGGAUCCACCGCCAUCACUCCUGGGACUCCACCUAGCUACUCCUCUCGUACUCCGGGCACUCCUGGGACCCCUAGCUACUCCCGAACCCCUCACACCCCAGGGACGCCCAAAUCUGCUAUUCUGGUGCCUACCGAGAAGAAAGUGGCUAUCAUACGCACACCUCCCAAAUCUCCAGCCACCCCCAAGCAACUGCGGCUCAUCAACCAGCCUCUGCCUGAUCUCAAGAACAUCAGAUCCAAAAUUGGGUCGACGGACAACAUCAGAUAUCAACCUAAAGGAGGACAGGUUAGGAUUUUAAACAAGAAGAUUGAUUUUAGCGAUAUUCAACCCAGAUGUGGUUCCAAGGAUAACAUCAAACAUUCGGCGGGGGGAGGAAACGUAAGUAGAGGCGGUGCCUGGCCAGGUACCCCAACGGGCACUGGUGGUGACCCUCUACCCCUCUGCACCACUUUGUCUCCUUACCAAGCACUCUUUCCCUUCUUGCUCAUGUCCCACGUGCCACCUUGGUCUAGUGAUGUGUCAGCUUUGUGUGUUGAGUGGUGGUCACCGGCCUCCUUCCUCGCAGACCACAGCAAAUUCCCCUGGUCUCAGUCAGAAGGGAAGGCACAGAUCUGUCUUCGCAAUCACCGCACUUGA